UAGGGGUUUCCGACGGGCUGUGCAGAAGGGAGACUGGGAAGGGAGAGACAGGGUCCGAGGAAGAAGGUAGAGAGUAAUAGGACCGAAGCUGGAGCCCAGGGUAUGUUUGGUAGCUCAGAAAGACCGCGUUUCGAAGAAGUUGAAGAUCCGAGAGGCACAAGUAUAACUGUGAUAGUGGCUGACGUUAUUGAUGGAGUGCUGUAUAUGUCGGGCAAUCCCUGUGUAAAUCGUCACAACCACCUCUGGGACUGAAGAACCUGGAGCUAGCUGCCGUGGGCGGAUCAGACGUCCAUGUGAAGAUGCUGGCGGCCCCUAUCAAUCCAUCUGACAUAAAUAUGAUCCAAGGUAAUUAUGGCCUCCUUCCCCAGCUGCCUGCUGUCGGAGGGAACGAAGGUGUCGGACAGGUGGUAGCAGUGGGCAGCAACGUGACUGGAGUGAAGCCAGGAGACUGGGUGAUUCCAGCAACUGCUGGUUUGGGAACCUGGCGGACUGAGGCCGUGUUCAGCGAGGAAGCACUGAUCGGAGUUCCAAGUGACAUCCCUCUUCAGAGUGCGGCCACCCUGGGUGUCAAUCCCUGCACGGCCUACAGGAUGCUGAAGGACUUUGAGCAGCUGCAGCCAGGAGAUUCCGUCAUCCAGAAUGCAUCCAACAGUGGCGUGGGGCAAGCAGUCAUCCAGAUCGCCGCAGCCCUGGGCCUGAGGACCAUCAAUGUGGUCCGAGACAGACCUGACCUCCAGAAGCUGACCGACAGACUGAAGAACCUGGGGGCCGAGCAUGUGAUCACAGAAGAGGAGCUGAGGACACACGAGAUGAAAAACGUCUUUAAGGACAUGCCUCAGCCACGGCUCGCUCUCAACUGUGUCGGCGGGAAAAGCUCCACAGAGCUGCUGCGGCACUUAGCACCUGGAGGAACCAUGGUGACCUAUGGAGGGAUGGCCAAGCAGCCUGUCAUCGCUUCUGUGAGCCAGCUCAUUUUUAAGGAUCUCAAACUUCGGGGCUUUUGGUUGUCCCAGUGGAAGAAGGACCAUAGUCCAGACCAAUUCAAGGAGCUGAUCCUCACUCUGUGCGAUCUCAUCCGCCGAGGCCAGCUCGCGGCUCCCGCCUGCUCCGAGGUCCCACUGCAGGACUACCAGUGUGCCUUGGAAACCUCCAUGCAGCCCUUCUUGUCUUCAAAACAGAUUCUCACCAUGUGAUACUCCCAGAGGAGCCAGGGCAAGUGGGAAGGGAUGUGGAUCAACAGGACUGGUUUGGGCCCCUUAGUGUGGGCCCUCAACCUUCCCGGCUGCCCCUCUCCUCACUGCCACUUCCCACGAGGAGAGCUGUGAAGCUAGCCCAGGCCCCCAGGGCCAGCCUCAGGGUAUCUAAUAAAGUCUGAACUUCCUGAAAACAAA